CUGCAACGAAGAUGUAAAACGGCUGUGCAACCUUCUCUUCGUCGCUCUCGCUCUCGCUCUCGCUCUCGCCGUCACAUAUUUCAGCCAUGUUUGGAUUUCGCAGUUCGGUGGCAGCCGCAUCUGAUAUUGGGCUCCGUCUUCUUCGAAAUACGUCGUUUCAUGGUCUGUGGGUCCAAUGCUUUCGUUUGGGAAACACAGAGAUUCCAAUCAACAAGCGACUGGCAGUCUCUCUUCAGCACAUCCAUGGAGUUGGCCGUGCCAGAGCCAACCAAAUUCUCGCUGACCUCAGUAUGGUGAACAAGCCCACUUGUGAUUUGACUGCAUUUGAAAUCAAUUCUCUGCGCGAGGAAGUCCGAAAGUAUAUGAUAGGAGAAGAUUUGAAACGAGCUGUUAGAAGUGAUAUACAUAGACUGAUAGACGUCCAAUGCUACAAAGGGAUUCGGCAUACUCAGGGGUUGCCAGUCAGAGGACAGCGCACGAAAACGAAUGCUCGGACAGUUAAGGGUCGGGGGGCUGCUGUUCCGGGAAAGAAGAAACCUACUAGAUAAUCUGAAUUCUCACCCCCCAUUGUUUUCUUGU